AGAAAGAGGGAGAUCUCUUUGGAAACAUGGAGCUGCUGUGCUGCGAGGUGGACCCCAUGAAAAGAGCGCUGCCCGACUCCAACUUGCUCUACGAUGAUCGCGUUUUGCACAACUUAUUAACCAUAGAGGAGAGGUAUCUGCCCCAAUGCUCCUACUUCAAAUGCGUGCAAAAGGACAUUCAGCCGUUCAUGAGGAGGAUGGUGGCCACUUGGAUGCUAGAGGUCUGCGAAGAGCAGAAGUGUGAAGAAGAAGUUUUCCCUUUGGCCAUGAAUUACUUGGACAGAUUCUUAGCUGUGGUGCCCACCCGAAAGUGCCAUCUGCAGCUGCUGGGGGCAGUGUGCAUGUUCCUGGCGUCCAAGCUGAAAGAGACAAUCCCCCUUACAGCAGAGAAACUGUGCAUAUAUACGGACAAUUCCAUCAAACCCCAAGAGCUGCUGGAAUGGGAGCUUGUGGUGUUGGGAAAGUUGAAGUGGAAUCUUGCUGCCAUCACUCCACACGAUUUCAUUGAACACAUUCUGAGGAAGUUGCCUCUACCUAAAGACAAGUUACUUCUGAUCCGGAAGCAUGCACAAACUUUUAUCGCCCUUUGUGCCACAGAUUUUAACUUUGCCAUGUAUCCACCAUCAAUGAUAGCUACUGGAAGUGUGGGAGCAGCCAUCUGUGGUCUUCAGUGUGAUGAUGGGGAAAGUUCACUCUGUGGCGACAGCCUAACAGAGCUCCUGGCCAAGAUCACAAGCACAGAUGUGGACUGCCUUAAAGCUUGUCAAGAACAGAUUGAGGCGGUCCUAGUAAGCAACCUUAGACAAGUCCGGCAGCAACAACAGCAAAGCAAUCGUUCUAAGAUGGUGGAUGAACUGGACCAGGCCAGCACUCCCACAGAUGUGAGAGAUAUCAACCUGUGAGAACAUCAGCAUGGAAGAGUCACGCUUGCUCCCCCAGCCCUUUUAUUUUUCUUAUUAGAGUGAUUUUUUUAAAUCUGCUCCCACAUAGAACAUAUUUAAAGCUCUUUUAGAUAAAGAAAAACUGAUUAAUGAAAAAAUGUACUUGGUGCCUGUGAUGUUCUACAGAAGGGAAUCCCACAAUAUAUUUGGUAAUUGCUAUUUGAUUAUAUUACAGCGAUAUUAAAUGCUUACAAAAGCAUACAAAGUAGCUAGACAAAUGUAAGCCUGCAUUUGUGGGAACAAACUAGAGUAUACUCGUGUGUGUAUUAUGACCUAGUGCAUACACCCCUUUUUUAAAAUUAAGAAAGGAACAGUGUGUGCGAUUUUAUGGCUUGACUAGAUUGCAAAGCAAUAGAAUAAGGGUUUAGAGUGAAGUAGGAAAAGAUCCCAGAAGAAAUUGAACUAUUUUGAAUGCAGAAGAGAUUUGCUGAUCUGUCACCUCUGUUGUUAGAAGUGUUUAUUUGAUCUCUGUAUGUUAGUUUUGUUUACUCUUGCUGUCUGUGGUAGCUGCUACCUAAGAAAG